CGGAAGAGGAGAGAGAGAGAGAGACCUGGAGUUGAACAGUCCCCAUGUUCUCUCACUCUUUGCAAAAAUGGGGUCCCAAUCUUUCGAAUAAUCAUCAUUACAAAAAACAACUCCCCCUCUUCUUUUUAUACCGUUCCACUUCUUCUUCCCCCCCCCCCAUUCCCCACUUUCUCUCAUUUUCUUGAUUUCUUCCUCUCGCCAUGUCUGCAAUCCUCCCCUUUGUUUUUCUGCUUUUCUUCCACUUUCUUCCUAAAUCUGAGCCUUCCCCUUAUCUUCUAGACAAGAUUUCUUCGUUGCCUGGUCAACCCCUCGUUGGAUUUCGACAUUACUCUGGCUAUGUCAAUGUGGGUGACCGUAAUCAGAAGGCUCUGUUUUAUUAUUUUGCUGAAGCUCAAAUCAACUCUGCUUCUAGGCCGCUUGUUCUUUGGCUUAAUGGAGGUCCUGGGUGUUCUUCUUUGGGGGUUGGGGCAUUCUCUGAAAAUGGACCGUUUCGGCCUAAAGGGGAGGUUCUAAUCAGGAAUGAACACAGUUGGAAUACAGAAGCGAAUAUGUUGUAUUUGGAGACGCCAGUGGGAGUUGGAUUUUCGUAUUCAACUGAUACUUCUUCGUAUGAGGCAGUGGGAGACAAAAUCACAGCAAGGGACAAUCUGGAGUUCUUGGAGAAGUGGUUUGUCAGAUUCCCACAUUACAGAAACAGAAGCUUGUUCAUUACAGGAGAAAGCUAUGCUGGUCAUUAUGUGCCCCAACUGGCUGAGCUCAUGCUCCAAUCUAACAAAACCUCAUUCAACCUCAGAGGCAUUGCUAUUGGAAAUCCCGUUCUAGAUUUUGCUACUGACUUCAACUCGAGGGCUGAGUUUCUUUGGUCCCACGGAUUAAUAUCGGAUUCGACGUUUAAAAUGUUCACAUCAAUGUGCAACUACUCUCGGUAUGUAGGUGAGUACUACAGGGGGUCUGUUUCACCCAUUUGCUCAAGGGUGAUGAGCCAAGUGAGCAAAGAAACCAGUAGAUUUGUUGACAAGUAUGACGUUACUCUUGAUGUAUGCAUAUCGUCUGUGUUCUCUCAGUCCAAAAUCCUCAACCCUCAACAAGUAACCGAGUCCGUUGAUGUCUGCGUGGAGGACGAAACAGUUAACUAUCUCAAUAGGCAAGAUGUCCACAAGGCUCUUCGUGCGCGCCUCGUGGGAGUGCGACAAUGGGCUGUUUGCAGCAGCGUUCUGGAUUACAAACUGCUGGACCUAGAGAUACCGACUAUUAACAUCGUGGGGAAACUGGUCAAAGCAGGAAUUCAAGUGUUGGUCUAUAGUGGAGAUCAAGAUUCCGUCAUUCCACUCACAGGAAGUAGAACUCUUGUUCACAAACUUGCAAAAGAGUUGGGUCUAGAAACAACCGUACCUUACCGUGUCUGGUUCGAGGGACAGCAGGUUGGCGGGUGGACUCAAGUUUACGGCAAUAUUCUUUCCUUUGCCACAAUCAGAGGGGCAUCACAUGAAGCACCAUUUUCACAACCUGAAAGAUCACUGGUGUUGUUUAAGUCAUUUUUACAAAGUCAGCCUCUUCCUGAAGCUUUCUGAUCGAUAAGUCGGGCCGAGUUUGUGAUUGAGAGAACGGAGUUUGAUUGCUAAACCCUAAUAAUCUGAGAGUAAAGAUUUCUUUCCCAUGUUUAUCCUUCAUUGUCAUCAACAAAGCUGUGGAAUGGAAGGUUUUUGUAAAGGUCAUCAGUAAAAAGGAGAAAAUUAUAUGAAAAAAGAGGGGGGAACAGAGCUCUUUUUGUCAUCUUUCAUGAAUUUUGUAAAUUCUACAUCUUAGAAGUCAUCUUAUUGUGAAAGCUCAGUUCAGACAAAAUGAGAAUCUGUUGAAACUUUGGGAGAAGAGAGUUCUGCCAAAGAAUUUUCAAAAUAUUUGAACUGUGAAUAGAAUGGGAUGGAAUGUGUUCGUUCA